AUGGUCGCCGGGAUCUGCGGCGGAAUUGGUGGCCACUCAGCCGAUCAACAGCCACCUGCGAGGCCUAUCACUGUCGCGGCGGCGGCCGCUGCUGGAGAUGGCGGCGCCGCUGCUUCCUCGCAAGUGAAGGAGGCUCCAGCUGACGCCGCAAUGGCCGGCGCGAAAGCCGGGGUAGCAGCCGCGUCGGGGAGAGGAAUCGCGGGAGUGCGACGAUUGGAGGAACUUGAGUGGGAGAGCACGUUUGUUGACAAGCUUCCUGGGGAUCCCGUCGAAGAGAAUCACGUCCGAAUCGUUCGCAACGCGUGUUACUCGCGAGUGCGACCGUCGCUAAAGCUCAAGGACCCGCAGGUCGUCGCCGCUUCGGAUUCUGUGGCGCACCUCAUUGGCCUCGACCCCAACGAGUUCUCGCGUCCUGAGUUUGCGGCGGUCUUCACAGGGGGCAUUGUGCUUCAGGGCUGCAAGCCCUACGCGCAGUGCUACGGGGGGCACCAGUUUGGUUCAUGGGCGGGACAACUGGGGGAUGGGCGCGCCAUCACUCUGGGGGAAGUGGUGCUGGGGGAACCCGCGCAGGGGGAGGGGGGGAAGGCGGAAGGCGCGCAGGGGAAGGGGUGGAGGGAGCGGUGGGAGUUGCAGUUGAAGGGGGUGGGGAAGACGCCGUACAGCAGGCACGCGGAUGGACGUGCUGUGCUGCGCAGUUCCAUUAGAGAGUACCUCUGUAGCGAGGCCAUGGCCGCCCUGGGUGUGCCUACAACGAGGGCGCUGUCUGUUGUCACCACUGGGGAGAAGGUCCUUCGAGACAUGUUCUACAAUGGCAACGCCAAGUUUGAGCCAGGAGCUGCUGUGUGUCGCUUGGCACCCUCCUUCAUCAGGUUCGGCUCGUUCCAGCUCCAUGCCUCCCGGGGAGGUUUGGACAAGGAGAUGGUUCGGGUGCUUGCAGACUACACCAUUCUGCACCACUUCCCGCACCUGGCCGACCUCCCCGAGCCUCCGGUGCAGGUCCGGGAGCCAGGCUCGGAGGAGGACGAGGAGGUUGGGGAUCCCGAUGCUGUGGAUGUCACGACAAACAAGUAUGCAGCAUGGUUUGUGGAGGUAACAAAGAGCACAGGAGAGCUGGUGGCAGCAUGGCAAGCAGUGGGUUUCACACACGGCGUGCUCAACACGGACAACAUGAGCAUUCUCGGCCUCACCAUCGACUACGGGCCCUUCGGAUUUCUUGACUCCUUCGACCCGGAUUUCACCCCCAACACGUCGGACAUGCCCGGGAGGCGGUACUGCUUCCGGCAGCAGCCGGAUAUUGGGCUGUGGAACGUGGUGCAGCUGGCCAAUACGCUCGUGACAGGUGGCAUUAUUGGAGUGGCCGAGGCGCAGCAUGGAGUCUCCAGGUACGCGGAGGCAUUCCUGUCAGCCUACCAGCAGCGCAUGGCAGCCAAGCUGGGUCUGCCCACAUAUGACAAGGACUUGACUCAGUCGUUGCUCCAGCUCAUGGCCAAACAUGGCGCUGAUUUCACCAACACCUUCCGCUCCCUUGCUCGUGUUCCCGCUGAAAGAGAAGCUUCAAACGCUGACCUGCUAGCGCCAAUGAGGGGGGCGCUGGGGGUGCAGGAGGGGGCAGGAAAGGAAGGGGAGAAAGAGAAGGAAUGGGUGGACUGGCUUCGUCUUUAUACUGCCAAGCUACGGGCUGAAAAGGUUUCAGAUGCUGCCCGCCGGGCAGCUAUGGAUGCAGUCAACCCGGCCUACAUCCUCCGCAACUACCAGUGCCAGCUGGCGAUUGAGGCAGCGGAACGAGGAGAUUUCAGCAUUACACAGCGGUUACAGCAAGUGUUGCAGAAUCCUUACGAGGAGCAAGCAGGGGCUGAGGAAUUUGCUCAGCCCCCUCCCGAGUGGGCACUCAAGCCUGGGGUCUACUCAACUUGGGCUCUUAUUCUCUUGGACGGAAGUUCCAAGCGCGUCAAGCCAGUCCGCUCUAAUCGCAUUCCUCUCCACGUCCUCGUCCACGUGAUUUGCGUCGCUCUCUUCCCCGCAAUCUCCGCCGCCGAUUCUGACGCAGUUCCCGUCGCUUCUCUAGUCCGCGGUCCGCAUCGCGACGUGUCCAGGCGUCGCGAGGAAAGCGACCGGCAGCUUCUGCGAAGCUUCGAGGAGCUGUCGGCGGGGACGAUGGCGGCGAGCGGGCGGAACGCGGAGGACAUGCUUCGCGACGCGAUCGACACGGCCAACUCGCAGCGCAAGACGAUCACCGUCCACCUCACGUCCGACGUCUUACUAACCAAGUACGCCGCCGGUAUACGGCCCCUCCCGUCUCUCGGGUUCAACGCGGGAGUGGCGGUGAAGGGCAGUUGCGCGGGCUCCGCCAAGUGCGUGAUCGACGGGCGGCACAAGUUCGCCGUGUUUUCCGGCGGCUUCAACUGCUUCAUCUCCUUGGAGCAGGUCACCGUUCGCAACGCCGUCAACGGUGUGCACACCGGCGGGUGCGCCGUCACGGCGCGCCGAGUCACGUUCAUCAACAACGUCGCGCGCACUACUGGUGGUGGCGCCGUGGUCAACUCCCGCGCCGCCUCCCCCACAUCGGGCGCGCUGCUCUUUACCUUCUGCGAGUUCAUUAACAAUACCGCCGAGAGCGGCAAUGGCGGCGCGCUCAACGUGGGGCAGGAGCCCGUGGGCGGCCCGCGCGUGCAGCUCGCGGGGUGCACGUUCCGCGGGAACCGCGCGGAGAAGGGAAAGGGCGGCGCGAUCUAUAGCGAGGAUAACGUGUUGUACAUGAAAUCCGUCAAAUUCGAGAAGAACUACGCGCUGGUGGGCGGCGGCGCCAUAGCAACAACGGCUAAGAGCCUCACUGUAGUCAAAUCCACUUUCUUUAGGAACGUCGCCGUUCAGCCGCCCACGGGGCGAAACAACGGCCCCGACAGCGGGGGAGGGGCCAUCCUGGUCUCCUCUCGAGACACUACACUCUCCCUCUGCUCCACCUCCUUCGCUAGUAACCACAACAGCAUGCGCGAGCAAGCCGGCGACAUUGCGGUUCGGCAGCUCGCGGCAGGCUCGGGAACAGGCUCGGUGAGCUUCUGCAGCAUGUCCGCGCCUGCGAACGUGGACCGGGCUCCGGGGGUGAAGAUCCGAGCCAACUGCAAGGGCUGCACGGGGUGCGCUAACGACUGUAACGGCCACGGGACGUGUGUCUAUAACGCGGAUUUUACCCCCAGCUGCCAGUGCGUUCGGCGGUGGGACAACGAAACGGCGUGUGCGACGUGCGUGACGGGUUACACGCGGCUGAGUAGCUGCAGGGCGUGUUCGCCGGGGUUCGUGGCGACGGGGAGGAAGAAUCAGUGUGCUCCGUGCGCGGCCCUCGACAAGGUGCCUGGGCUGCGUGACAACCUGCAGCACAUAACAGGCAUGGUGCGUCUCCCUUCCUACAAGCAGUGCCAGCAGCAGUGCCUCGCCACGCAGGUCCAGCAGGCCGACUACUGCAACCUCUGGGCCUACAUUGCCAACAGCGCUGCCAACGGGGAGUGCGGCGGAAAGUGUAUUAUGUUCCAUGACCCGGACGAUUGCGGGGUGGGGAAGAUCGUUGCAAAUAAUCAGCUUGGUGUGUGGUACCAGUAUGCGGAACCUAGCUUCAAUGCCUGCAGCUAG